CCUCCCUUGGGUCUCUUGCUCUUUGCAAUCACUCAUCCUCCACUCCUGCCGCCAUGACCCGUUUCUUUUGCUGUGGAAGCUACUUCCCAGGCUACCCUUGCUAUGGAACCAACUUCCAUAGGACCUUCAGGGCCACCCCCCUGAACUGUGUGGUGCCCUUGGGCUCUCCCCUGAACUAUGGUUGUGGGUACAACGGCUACAACUCCCUGGGCUACAGCUUUGGCGGUAGCAACCUCGGCUACCUGGGCUGUGGCUAUGGCGGCAGCUUCAACCGACCCUGGGGCUCUGGCUCUGGCUUUGGCUACAGCACCUACUGAGAAACCAGGAGCGAGCUGCCGGUGACAACGGAAGUCGCCAUCAAUUCCUUGUGUGCAGAAGCAGCUGAGGAGCAGCAGCUGUAUCCCGGACACACAUCUUCCGUCUUCUUGCUGGCUUCUUACUGUGAUGCUGAUCUUUGAGGACCUUUAACUGACCAGCCAGGGAUCCGUUUCUGAACAGAUUCUCUCCUCCACAGCCCAAGAAAGUGAGAUGUACUUCUACCAUGACUGGACCUGACUUCUCACAGUUUGCUUCUCGCCAUCACUCUGCUCACAUCUUUUUGAAUUCUACACCCAUAGAAUGUCCCAAGUUGGGGGUGGGUAGGGAGGGGCGGGGGGGUUCACUGUUAAUCUCUUAAUAAAUCUCUUUCAUUCAGCAUACGACUUUGUGUCCUGCCUAUUUGUUUUAUGCUGGUGUCAUACUUUUGGAAUCCAUCAGCUGGUUUCAGCCUAUAUUGUAGGACUUCCCUGAGGCUUACCCUCAAGUCAGACUGUACAGCAGAAGAGGGUGAUGCUGAGACACUUCAGGUUUUUACAUUUUUUUUUGAAGUUCCUGAAAAAUCCUUAAAUUUAAUCCAAAUACAAAGCAUGUGCAAAUCUUGGAAGUUGGCUCAGGAUUGACAUGCAUGAGGCCCUGGGAUUAAUCCCACAUAUGCUGGAGAGUUAACUCUGGUUCUUCUCUCCCUCUCAUCCUUUCUACAUGAAUAGAUAAAUAUUUUUAAAAAUUAAAUAUAAAGCAGUG